UCAUUUGCGUGUUUUUCUUCUUUAAUUUUAAAGUAAAUUAUUGGCAUCGCCCCCCCCAGCCCUACUGAUUUUUGACAAUCGACAAGUUGAAACUUGUAAGACUGAAAGCAAUCAGCUGACUAAACAUUUUAACAAUAACAAACACAAAUCCCACAGAAAAUUCUUGUUUAUCAAGCUGUUUUAAAGUAAUUUUUAUAAAUUGAUAGGCGAGAUCGAUAAAACGCGUAAUACACGAUUUAAAUACAAAAAGAAUGAAGCACUUUGUGCCAUGUUCAAUAAACUGCUUUAUCUUCCUAAACAAUUACUAAGUUAAGUUUUAUAAAUAUUUACCAACAUGGAAGCCGUGAAAGAAAAACCUGUUAACAAAAACAAAAAGAAAACAAAACCUGCAAAACCAGCCAAUAUCACAUUGGAACCCGAAACAACAUGUGAAGGUACAGAAAGCACCUCUAACAAUCUUAAUGAAAACUCUAUAAUUACUAACCAAGACAGUCAAAGUGUAUCUACAACUGAGCCUCCAGAACCACCCGAUGAAGUGACUUGUGCAACUAUAGAGAGCACAUCAAACAAUAGUAAAGAGCAAAACCAUGUUGCAAUAGAUUCUGAAAACAUUGAAGAAAAUCCUAUUGAGUCUAAUAGUACAGAUGAAAAUGUAUGUAAUGAAGAAGUGAAUGCUGUUGUUGUUACUGCAGAAUCUACUCCAUCAACCAGUCAAUUACAAAUGAAUUUUGAGAGUUUCCUUGAUAUAAAUAAGCAAAUUGUGUGCACUUUAGAAAACAUUGAUUCUAUUCCGGCACAGCCCUCACAAGCACAAGAAACAUAUUUUUUUGAAAUAAGACCUUACACAGAGCAACAACUAAACGCCCUAUAUUAUAACAGUGAGCUGGAUGUGCUCCAAGACUUUACCAAAUCGUAUAUUGACUCUGAGCUGAGGAGCUUACAUUUUCAAAAAGGAACUUUAUAUGACUUGUUGGUUAAUUAUUUAAAAGUGAGAGGAAAAAUUACAGGCAACAAGUUGGAAAUCGAGCAGCACAGAAAAGAGUACCUUAUGCUGCAGCAAACCCUUUGGUCAUUAGACCAAACCAGCGUAACCGGUAAUGGAGUUUGCCAGGAUGGCAAAAGUGUAUCCACUUCCCAUGUUUAUAAUAGAGCAGUUUUCCAUAGAUCAGUGUACCAGAAUAUAAAAAGAACACUAAACAAUGUACAAAAACUGGUCUAUGAUAAUCAUGUGCUCUAUUCCUAUUCAGCAGAGGAUUUAAGACUGCAGGUGGAGCUGCAUAUCGAGCAUGUGAUUGAAAAUAUUAUCAAUACGGCUCGACUGACAAGGCAUUCACCAGUAUCUCUAAGUGUCACUGAGGAAUCUUUCCAUUUAAAAACUUACACCAAUGAGCUUAGAUCCGCUAUAUCAGUGUUAUUUGCUUUUCAACGAAAGUGCAUAAGGGACCAGACUUUUUUACAAGAUACAAGAAACUGGAUGACUCGGCUGGUUGCUGUAUUGCUUAGAGUUGCUAACUAUCAGGACCAUUUGUUUCUUCUGCAUCAUAUUUUAAGAUGUCCAGCUGGUAUCUCGACAUGGAGUUCCUCUUAUAUCCAAGUGCCAUUAGACCUGCAUUGUGACAAUCCCUUUUCAAACUAUCAAAUUAAUCACCUUAUAAGCGUCCUGUCCGUUAUCUUGAACCCUAUAGAAGCCAGAAAGGAGUUUCUCAAGGACGUCAAUUGUCCUAAUGUUCAAAUGGAGUCUAACUGGGUGAUGGUCGAUUCUGAUGGAGAAGAAGAUGACGAAGUGGGGGUUUCCUUAAGAGAAAACGACUUGGUGGCAAUCCUAAAUCAGUUACCUUUAGCAGAUUUGUUUAGGUGUCUUUUGAUGAUAACCCGAACGGAUGAAAUGGAUAAUUAUAAUAUAGAGGCGGUAACAGAGCAGCAUAUUUUAAGGAGUUUCGCCUUUUACUCGGUACUUUUGAGGCUGCUACACGCAGGUUUAAAAACCUACUCUCAACCGAAGUAUAAUCAGUUUUCAAAGAGACUUAGCAGAUUUAUGCGGCAUAUUGUUCAGUAUUCCACUGACCAAUGGGAAUUAUUUCUUAAGAACGACAAGGUGUUCGAUAAAGCCAUGGCCCAACGUUUACAAGCCGAAUACGACGCCUUUUUCCUAAGGGCAAUUUACUAUUUGUAUACCUCCCAAAAACUGAGCGCCUGGCAAUUUCUCGCCGUGAUUCCGUAUAAUAUGGUCACCAUAAAAACCUUAUGGAAAAUUUACUAUUUCCUGCAUAUGCCCGACGAGAGAGCCGAAGAAAUAACCGAUUUCCUGUUGAACCGUGACUUUAAGAAGCUUAUAUGGGAGCAGGAGCUACGAGGGCAGUUCGAAGAGAAAUUAUGCAGUCUACAGGAUGCCGAGGUUUAUUAUUUAUUGAAUACUUUUGCCAACAUGGCAUUGGCGAGGAACGAGGGCGAUAUGGAGUUUAUUCAUUCGGCUGCCAUGGAUGUCUUGCAGGUGGGCUUUAUAUCGCAAAACACCCAAGAAACCUGCUCGAAAUCCGCCCGAAUUUUAUUAUCUCACAUAACAUCCAAAUAUCCGGCCCUUUUAUCGGAUAUUUUGAAAGCAGUUUACGACAACAUGGACACCGUCGGUAGUCUAUCCCUGUAUUUAUACGAAGAGAUUCCCUUAACGAUUUGGAUUAUAACCGAUGACGAUUUACGGAGGAUCGAAAGGUUACUUUUGAACUUCCCGGUUAACACCUCGCAAACGAAAUUGGCCAGGAUGAUUUUAUCGAGGCUAAACUGGGAUAUUAUUCCGUAUGAAAAACAUUGCGAGACCGCUUUGCUUGUUUUGAAGGCGGUCGAUCAGGAACCAUUAUAUAUACAGUGGGGUUGGCAAACUGUCCUACGAUUAAAACUGCACGUGAGCGACGGCCAUUUUCAGGACUUGGGUAGAGUUCAGGAGGCAGAGAGAUGCGAAAUAAUGAUGAAAGGUAUACGCCAAAACCAGCCCCUACCAUCCUUCGUGGCAAUCCUAAUGUCAACUUGGGGCCAUUUAGUACCAUUAAUCUGCACCAACGGCUUAAAACUACUGAACAACCUUCAGACACAUCAAAAACACGAAGCGGUUCUAUUCGCCCUAUAUCAAAUAAUGCCCAUAUUCAUAACCUGUCAGGAGUGCAUAAUUAACUGCGAUAAAUUCCAAGAGGUGUUGGUUAAUCUGUUGAACGCGGAUAGAGGAUACGUUUCUUACGCGAAGAGUUUCAUUGUCACUCAAGAUACGGUGCUGCAGCAGUUCGGUAAUAUGGUGGAAACGCAGAUCGUCAAUUAUAAAAUGUAUAAUUUGGAGAGUCCCAGGUUGUUGGUUAGAUUAUGGAUGAACUCCUUGGUUUCAAUAUCAAACUGGGACAAGGACCACUCAGUUUUAUACUUGCUGGAUAUUAUUAUUAGGACGGCGUUUUUUCAUCAAAAUUCUUUGCAAACCGUUUAUGAGAAUUUUAAAUAUUUAUAUCAGUUAAGCAGUCCACAAGAAACCACCUCGAUAAUAAACAUCUUCAAACGUUCGCCGAGCAGUAGCAACAACGUUUACGGAAUGAUCUCGACCCCGUUGACAAAAUACCCCUGGUUGGCCUACGUGUUUUUGGAAAUCGAACACGAGGAAAAGGAACAAAAAACCGGCUUCUGGAUGUCACUUUUGAAAGAAUUAUCCAAACAGAAGGGCAAACCGAACGUGGAUAGUGCCAUUAAGAACGUCGCUUCGAAUUUAAAAAUGACCGCUGUUAGUUCGAGUUGUUUGUGUAUCUAUAGGUGGGCGCAGCAAGCUUUAGAUGCCCCUCUAGACCAUCCGUUACUCCCACUGUUUUGGCAAAAGUUUUUCAUCUUGUUUCUCACCAGAUUGCCGAAUCCCAGCUCUGUAGAUAAAACUUGCAUAGGAGACAAGUUUUUUGAAGGCCUAAUAAACUUUGCCUUCCUGAAACGUAUCAAGCGUAAACUGCAAGAGACCACCGAUUAUUAUAAAAAUGAGGUGGAAAGUAAGCGAGACGACGCAGAUUGUGGCACUUUGACGCACCUAAAACUGAAACACUCGGUCUUUCAAGCGUUUUCGCUGUGGUUAGAAGAGCCGAGGUUGCAAAGCGGGAAUUUGUUGCUGCAAAGUUUGCCUUCCCAAUACGAGCCCAACUUGUUGAGUUUAAUAAUUCAGGAAAAUAGUCAGGUUCCUUGGUAUGAAUACAUUGACCGGCAGCAAGUAAUUAAGAACCAAGAAAUCUCGAUGAAACUGUGGAAAUCGGCGAAUUUCCGUGACAAAUCCAAGAUUAACCAGCCGCUCCCUAACCCGGGUCAAAACGUCGAGAGCGGAGAUCCAGUGGAGAGAAUUUUAAGACGACUCAGAUCCUAUGACCCAAUCACACCCCCUCCGGAACUUAAAACCGAAACUAUCACGGUGCCUACAAUAUCAUUAACCAGCAAAGAAGAUAUGCUUUCGCAACUGAAACCCUGUUUCGACACCAUACACCGAUUUGCAAACGAUCACAAUCUGAGUGUAUCCGAGCAAAAGGCGACGGAUUGCACUUAUCAGGAUCUGCUACCGCAGCUGUUCAGUUCGGUGUCGAAGAAAAUCAGAAAAGACGUACCGUGCAAAGGGAAGAAUCAAACGGUGCUUUGUUCGGGACCAGCCAAGAUUUUAUUAGAGUUUCAGGAAGCUAAACGUAAUGAAAGAAUCGACCACGAAAUCAACAUUAACAGGCAGUCUUACGAGUCCCGUUUGAAGGAAUCCUUGCAGUUGCCCUCGAUGACUUUGUGUACGGCUUCUGUAGCUAUACAGCAAUGUGUUAGGGUUCUUCAGCAGCAAUUGAAAAUUAAUCCGGCCUCCUCGGAGCUGGGGGUGGAGCUAUUUUACCACAUACUGCCGUUCCUUCAAGACAGUACAGUGGCAUAUUUGCCUGCGAAAUCGUUGUUUUUACGUUGCGUGGAAAAAUUGGGGGAAUCGCAUAUUUGUGGUGUUGAGCAUGAAAUGCCGAGAUUGCUCCAGUGGAUAUUAAAAAAACCAACUUUAGGCGCAUAUAUCGCUCCAUAUUUCUUGCCCAACAACAGCGGCACUUCAAAUAUGCUACUGAUGUACUCAACUAUAACCAAAGAAAUGUCCAAGAACUACGAUGUUAUUGUUGCUCUAAUUUCACGGUUUGAUAUGGACAAAUGGUUACGUGAAAAAACUCCUUAUCUAAGCCAAAGGUCGCAACUGAUCGACAAUAUCGUAUAUGCCCUGAGUGCUUUGGGAUAUGACCCUCCGGUCGACUCUUUAACUCUCCAUGGGCUUUACCGGAAACAUUUGGUUACCGUAUUUGAAUUUCAAUUUCCCGAACACUACGGUGAAAUUUUACUGCAACUACUAAAAGCUAGCAAUGGUUCGACGGAGAGUAGUCUGAUAGCCGAAUCUGUAUGGAUGGAUGUUCUGAAUUCUCUGGCUAAACCAGCUAAAAUUCAACUCAAAGCACCUUUAAGAGAUCAAUUGAGGUAUUACGCUCAAAAGCAACAGAUGCUCUCCGGCCAGGAGUUUUUCGCAACGGCCGAUUUGUUAGCGAGACAUUUCACCCAAGAAAGAUUCAAUUAUGGCAUUUACGGGUUAUAUCCCAAGUGUCGAAGUUACAUCGACGUGUUCGUUUUGCUUCUAGGCAUGACCGGACACGGUGUUAUCAUUAGUAUGCUGAAUUCUCAUCCUGGCUUAUUAGGUGAUAAAAUAUGUGAAAAAAUUUGGCCCUACAUAAGAGAAAUGUACGCGCCAUGGCUCGUACCGUAUUCGAUGAAUAACUUAAAAGACAACAUGGCGACGUGGAUUCAACAGUUGGCCGACGAUAGAUCCACUUUAUUACCUUGGAUUCCCUCCGAUACCGAAUUGGCCCAAAAGAUGAUCAAGAACUUAUGCGAGUGUAUUCACUUUGUGCUGGACACUUUACCAGCAUCGUUUAAUAUUCUCAGUUUUUUAUGGCAAUGGUAUGUUACGUCUUUCGCGCAUAACUCGGUUAAGGAUCAUGUUUUAGUACCGAUACACGCAGAAUUCACCGGUUUGCCAUGGAGUAAAUUUUGGCCCUCACUGGUAGAUUUAGAAAUGAUGUUAAAGGUGAUAGACCAAUAUUUACCGGAAUGCCACUCGUUCCUGGGCACCAUAUUCCUCUCUGUACCCUGGCUGAAUUGGAUAAACAGCUUCACCGACGCCCCAUUGCAAAUUAAACCGCGGAUAUAUAGUGUCUUUUUAAAUUUAUUGGUAAAACUCUCCAUAGAACCGAAUAUUCGUAAGAAUAACUUGGAAAAGGCCAGGAGCAUCAUUAUACAGGCGGAAAACUUCGAUUGGGCCAUUUUGGAUCCCGCGGUGUGUCAACACGUGAUGGAUUGGGCGGUGAUGUCUUUUAAUAGCGGCGUCAUUUUUAAAACUGACGUUUUGGAUUUGGAUUAUCGAUUGUUGCAUUUUUUAAAAGUCGUCUCGGGAUAUAAUAAUACUUGGACCGAACUCUCACCGGACCUGAUGCGCAAACGACAAAUUUACGUAAAAUCUCACCUAAAACUGCUCUCGGUUUUCGUCAGUAAACACAAACAAAUGCGCAGCUUAAAUGAAGAAAACGUUUGUCGGAUAGUCAACAAAUAUCUUCACGAUUUCGAUACGGUGGUAACAUCUUCAGAAGAAAUGGAGGUCCUACUAAAAGAAAUUUUAUCGGUAAUAAACGUCGCGGAGAUAUCGACUAUAUCGUUCAAAGUGGUACAGAAAUGGAUCGAAAACAAAACCUCCGGUGCGGUAAUAAAUGCUCUCUUAAAAACUAUAGGGUCUUCGGUCGUUGACUAUAAAUAUUUGGCGGUUUUAUGCGAACUGACGCUUACCAGUUAUUUUAAUAGAAACGUGAUAGAAAAUACUUUGGAUGAACCCACGUGGAAAGUGGCCACCGAACUGACUGAAAUCACCGCAAUGAAACCAAUCGAACUAGAACAAGUUUUAAUAGAAGAAGGAGCAAUUUUAACGUUAAACGUUAUACUGCUGCAAAGGUUGCAAAGGAACAGUUAUAGGGAGGGUCUUUUGAACCAUUACAUUGGCUGUGUUGAAAAAAUUAAAAUAAGGGAACCUUUGGAGUCGAAAAUACCACUGUUAUGGAGCAGCAUCCUGAAUUUAGGUUUAGAAUAUAGUGCCAAGGACGAACCGACUGCUGGAGCGUUACUGUAUCGAUUCGCCAAAGUUUUGCUGCAAAUUUCCGAGGAAAAUGGCUCGGGCAAUUGGGGAAGGGGAUUGCUGAACGCUAUCGGUUUAAGUAAAAGCGAAAGUGCGAGUCUUAGCUUUAGAUUUAUAUGUCGAGCAAUGGCCGGAUAUAUCCUGGCCCAACUUCCGGAAAUGAAAGUUUUCCCGCAAAAAAUCCGAAUAACCCCGAACGCCCCUUCGGCCGUCGGUACCCCCGGGGGCAACGUGGAAUGUACCAAGGUGCUACUUGGACUUGACUUUCAUCAGUCCCAGGGAAAGAUUAAAGAUGUCGCUGCUGUUGCUCUAAGCAAGAUCCAAGAUCCAAGUAACUCGUUGCACAACGCAAACUCGUUCCUGUGGAUGCUAAUCAGACAGUUUUAUAUUAAGCCCUAUUUGAGGAAUAUUGACGACUAGCAUCGGUUUAUGACAUUUAUUAAAUCACUAUAUGCAAUCUUAUUUGUUAAGCGUACUCUCUGUGAUGAUUUGUUCCAAAAAGUUUUAUUUAGGUAUAUAAAAACGGUUUGUAUGUUUU